CGGAGAUUUAUGUACCAGAUCAAGAAACAACGGAUUACGAGUACACUGGCAGUAUUAGUUCAGAGUCUGGGACCUGCCCCAGAGACGAAUACUUGUACUGCAGCGACCUGACCUUCAGCAAAUUGUGGUAUCACGCACCUUUUCCUGACUCAAAGACUCCUGCUUGUUUUAGCCAGCAUCAAGUCCAGCAAUCAUAUACCGCUGUCGGGUGUCUACAGCACUCUCGAAUGUUUGGCGGAUUCUAGCGUGGAGAGCUCUUACACAUCCAUCAAUGAUCAUGGCGGAUAAUAAGUCGGACAGCGGCAUUUCCGACACUACAUCUGGUGGCCGACAGAAUCGAGCUGAUGUUGACUCCGACGACGACCACGACGAGGGAGUCGUCAAUAACGUGCCCAAACAAGCUCCGCUGCAAGGCCUCCAACCUAUGCAACCUGGUCUUCUCGAUAAUCGAAACAAUCCACGAGCCAUUCGAGGUCUCACAAAGGAAGAGGUGAAAAAUGUGUCGGGCAGCUUGAAGAUUCAUGUGAAGUUGAAUCUAGAGGUGGACUUGAGGGUUCAAGCCUCGCUGAACGGGGACAUUGUCAUUGGGAUCUUGUGAAUGAUCAAGGCCGUGGCAACGAUGUGGGUGAAAAGAAGGUCUCACUAUGGGUGUUAACGGCUUCUCAGCGUCUUCUCUUACUGGGCUCCAUGAUCAGGGACGCAUUCGAUGCAAACAGCCUGCAGGGCAAUGUUAU